GCUAUUCGUCCGGACGAAGAAAAUUGCUAGUAAACUUUGAAUGCGUACACCGCAGUUUCAAAUAUGAGUUGGUUAUUUCGCAAGUCACAAGCGCAUGCGGAAGUGAAAAGCGGAUCAGUACCCUCGGCGGCGAAAAAUCAUUCCCACGCCGUACUAUUAUUGGGAGACGCGGGAGCGGGAAAAUCCACUUUAAUAAAUUGUUUUACCAACUUUUUUCUCGGGGGAAGUUUGACUGAACCACUUGUAGCGAUUCCUACUCAAUUCCACCGUGCAUCCAGUGGAACAACCAACAACAGUAAAAUAGCGAUAAUUCAAGACCAGAACAAGAGCAUCAAAUGCACAACAUACAGCUUCGGUUAUCAAGGCCGACAGUUCCACUUCACCGAUGCGCCGGGAUUGGGAACCGCGGGUAGCGCAGAAUGGGAUAAGAAUUUUGCCGGUCUAUUAAAAGCAGCAGAACAACCGGGUGCAUUAUCGGCAAUUGUCGUGACAAUUGAUGGACGCGCAGCCAGAGCCACACUGUCCUUACGCAGCAUGCUGUCAAGAAUGCGUGUGAUUGUGCCAGCGGCAAUCCUGAGUAACCUGAUUGUCGUGCUGACUAACUGCAAAAAGAAUACGUCGAAUUUUGAUUUUAAAACACUGGAUCAACCGUGGGAGAUUAAUCCGGAGAACGUCUUCACCAUGGACAACUCCGCUUUCAACUACAAUCCGUCGGAAUGGAGAUCUAACUCCGUCUUCGCAAAUGAAAUGACCGAAACGUGGUACGCAUCAAUGGAAGAGAUAAAAAAUUUAGUGUACACCAUUUCGGAUCUGGACAUGCAGUCGCAAAUCGACCCCAAAAUGCUUCCAAACUAUCGUGACAAUAUUAAAAGCGGCAUUCAGCAGGUCCUGUUGGAGAUGAAUAAACUGCAGAACGUCCAAGACAGGGUGGAAAAUGCGCCACAAAUCGCCACUAAGACACCGGACGUUUACAACAGGUUCAAGCACGGAACAGAAGUGGAGUUCGUCACUUUGGUUGACACCAACACUUACAAUAGAUUAUGUAUAAUACACACAGAGAGUGUAUGCCACGGUGACUGUCCGGCUGGUGAUACGACAGCAGCCAGUCAGAGAAGAUGCCAUUGUAUGAGCGGUCCACGCUGUCGUGUGUGCGACUGUGACCAUUCUACCCACUUCUGUACACGAAAGACGCUAAAGCUCGAGCACCAGACCAUAGCCAGCAUUCUUCAGUCAUUGCAUAAUGCAGGAGCAAAAACCACCAACAUGUCUAACAUGGCAGAAGAUUUGCAACUCCUCCAUCAGUCACUACGACAACAAGAGUUGCGCAUCGAACACUACUGUUAUCGGCUGAAAAAUAUCUGUGGACCCUCGGAUUUCGGCAAUGAAACGUACACAAUAUUCACGGCUAUGGAUAGCAAAGCACGGGCGCUGUCCUCUACCAACGCUCGUCAGGAUGCCUACAAAAUGAUCCAGUCCAUAACGGAAAUGAUCGAUCGUAUGAAUGGUAAUUCACGGGAAACGAUUCGUUCAUCGGGUUCCGAAAUAGGCCUGCCACUUUCUUCCCCACAGUUGGGACAAACACAGCAAGCGGUUUUCCAGAACGAACCCAAAACCAGCCAAACCGAAACGUACGUGUGCCAGCGAUUCAAUAAAAAUCUGCCAUGUGACAAUCAUCCGUGCCUGUUCCGGCAUCAGUGUCUUUUAUGCGACGGUCAUCACAGCGCUGUGGAAUGCCGAAAUAACAAUGUGGCAGCAGAGCCACACCGCGAACUGUCGGAUUUUCCUCCGCCUUACAUGGAAAAAGAACCAUUCCAACCACCACCGGCAGAGAACAGCAAACCGCAGUUUCUCCCGGGAGCAUGCCGGAAAUUCAAUAGCCCCAAUGGAUGCAAAACGAACAACUGUAGAUACGCGCACAUCUGCGGAUACUGUUCCCGGGUUAACCAUACAGCACAGCAGUGCCGUGACCCCGUCCGCUCCAACGCUUCGACGGUGUCCGGUGCAUCGGAUAGUAACUCCAAUGCCGGAAGUAAUGUUAACAGAGAACCCGCAUCAUCUAAUGCGCCAUGCAAAUAUUUUAACGGCCCGAAAGGUUGUCGUAACAAUCCGUGCAAGUUUGCCCAUAUCUGCGGAAAGUGUUUUCAGUCGAACCAUGGAGUGCAAGACUGUCGUGCCGACGACGAUACGUCGGACUCCGAUACCGAUGAAGUUCAGUCUGCAUCGACUUCGAAAGGUCAACGUUAUUGCAAAUAUUUCAAUCGGCAAAACGGUUGCCGUAAUAAAAAUUGUAAAUUUGCACACAUUUGUCGGUCCUGUUCGCAACCGGGUCACGCUGUUCAAGACUGCCCGGAUUUAACGGAUUCCAGUGAGCCGGGACCCGAAGACUCCGUCUCGAACGUCGCUGCGACGUCCAGCAAAGUUUCCGGUCCGGGAAAAAAGGAUGGAACCUGCAAGUAUUAUAACAGCGCUACCGGCUGCCGCAAUCAGAACUGUAAAUUCGCCCAUAAAUGCAGCACGUGUGGCAGAAUGGACCACGGAGCUAGCAACUGCCAUCCGCCACCGGUACCUGUAAAGGCCAAACCAAAUGCUAAACAACGACCCGCCCAACCGAGACCUAACGUAGUGAUUACGAUUCAGUCCAGCAGCGUCGAGGUCGCGGAUCCGAAAAAGUUUGUGGACGGUUCUUGUUACGAGUUUAAUCGUGGCAAACCUUGCAGGAAGACACCGUGCAAAUACAAGCAUCUCUGCGGCAUCUGCGGUCAGCUGCACAGUGCCGUGCAACAUUCCAGUUGAACAUAUAUUUAACUGACAGUCCGUCGCUGGUUUACUGUUUUACCUUUUUCACUUAAGCUGUCACACAAAAAUUUUUGUAAGUGCAUCCUAAGCUUUCCCGUUUCUUGUUUGCACCAAAUAUUAAUUCAGUUAAAGAUUUGUUAUUUUCGUAACAAGCAAUGCGAAAUGUGUUGGAUUUGCAGUAAGUACUUGCGUCGUUAGACAAAGAUAAGAUACGCUCAUUUUGCUCUUUUUACAGUAUGCUGUUUGACGGUACAAUAUGCCAAUUCUGCUCUAUAGUAAUAAAUUAUCAG